UUUUUUUAUUUUUUAAAUUUUUGUGGGUAUAUAGUAGGCAUAUAUAUUUAUGGGGUACAUGAGAUGUUUUGAUAGAGGCAUGCAAUCUGAAAUAAGCACAUCAUGGGGAACGGGGUAUCCAUCCCCUCAAGCAUUUAUCUUUCGAGUUACAAAUAAUACAAAUACAAUUACACUCUUUAAGUUAUUUUAAAAUGUACAAUUAUGUUAUUACUGACUAUAGUCACCCUAUUGUGCUAUCAAAUCAUAAUUCAAAAUUUUAAAUAUAUAAACAAGAUUACGAAGAAUAAGUACGACCUUUUGCUCACUAUGCUUCAGUUUCAUUGUGUUUCUUUCUCUUCCCAGAAGUCACCAAGCACUUCUUGCCCAGAGACUUUGCCUUUACUGUUCCCUUACUGUUCCCUGUGAAGAGAAUGGUCCUCCUUUGGCUCUGGGCAGGGUUGCGGCCUUCAUUGUUUAGGUUCCUUUCACCUGACUCUGCUUGAGAGAGACCUUUCCUGACCAUCUCAUCUAAAGGAGUCUUCCUCAAACCAAGCAACUUUCUAUUAUUUUACCCAGAUUAUUUUUUUACUGUUCUUUUCACAGUCAGCAAUUAUCUUAUUUACUCAUUUACUCCUGGUGUUUUAGUGGUAGUAACUAACCAUUCCCUCUCUCUGCUCCAGAAAAAAAUCAGUUAAGAAAUGCAUACAAGAAUCAGAUAUAAUUUUAAAAUAUAUAUAUUUUAUAUAUUUUGCUAGUAAGGCUUAUUGAAAAGCAUGGUUCAUAUCUUCAAAAAAAUUUCUUUCCAAAUUAAAAUCAUAACCAUUAGCUGACACCUCUCCCGACCUCCAAAUGGGAAGAAACAUGCUCCUGAUGCCUUAUGCCAAAGGGGGUGGAAAUGCAUGUGGGUGAAACAGAGAAGGGGCAUCCUCAGUUUCUCUUUCCUGUUUCACAAUCAUAUAAAUUAGGGGACAGAGAAAGGCAGGUAUAUUCCAAGACAAUUUCAUCCAGGGGCAUAACAAUUUCCUCCUCUAAAUGGGAAUGUGAGGAGUGGAAGAGAACACUGCCUUAACUUCACUUCUUCAUGACCUGGUCCCCUUCUGAAUGCAUCUACCUCCACCACUGUGCCUCCUGCUCUUAGAACAGUGGCUAAAACAGAUCAUGCACUCCAGGAUCAUUUGUUAAAGGAUGGAUGAAGUACAAAUUGAAACUGGAUAAUAUUGUUCUCUUAUCAAAUUAGCAAAGGUUGAAAAUAAAAAUACGUGGUGGUGACGACCAUGUGGGAAAGAGGCAUGAUUCUGAGGUACACAUCAGUGAUAUAUUAUAUUGGUAUAAAAUAAUAGAAUUUAUAUAGAUAAAAACUAGUAGAAUUUAUAUUGGUAAAUUUUCUGAAGCAAAGCUGGAAAUAGAUAUCAAAAUCUUGGAAUUUCAAUAUAUUUAGCACCUGCAAAUUCACUUUUAGAAUACAUUCUCAAUUAAAAAUCAUCAAUAUAAGCCAAACAUAAGCUUGUAAGAAUAUUUAUCUCAAUGCUACCAAACAUAAGAGAAAUAGAAACCAAAAAUUUCUGACAAGAAAAAUGAUUCAAUAAAUUAUAAUAAAAAGGAUAUUGUACUGCUUUUAUAUAUUAUUAUAUAUUUGUAUAUUGCCUUUUUAUUUUUUGUAUAUUAUAUAUUUACUAUUUUGAUUUACAGACUUGAAACUAUUUUCCUACAUUUUCUUCCAUUUUAAUUCUUUCACAUGUGACUAAAUUUUAGCAUCAAGUGCUGAUGAAGAAUUAAAUAAAAUACUUGAAAUAGAACUACAAACCCUAGAGAUGGAAAAUAGGUACCAGAGGUGCUUCCAGGGAGUAUUGGCCAGUGGCUGAAAAAAUGACGGUUGUAGGAAGUUUUAAAGAAAUUACAAAGUUGAAAAGCUAUUUACAAAAGAUUUUCAAUCUUAAAUAUGAAAGUAGAAUUCAUGUGAGAAGGUAAAUGGGUUGCUAAGCAAGAAUAUGAAGAACAGAAUGCCCUAACCACUUCAUACUGGGUAGAAAAACGCAAGCAUGCCCAGGAUAUAAAACCAUCUUGUAUUGCAGCAUUUUGUCAGUGUCAUCUCUAAUUUCACUACGUUAAUAACUAAGGAUUCCACCCUAUAAAAGAAGCAGAGUACCUGAAUUCUCCUAAAUGACACGUGUUUCCAUGCAUGUAUGUGUAUACAGUAAUACAAGAUAUAUUAUAUUACACCUUAUGUUAAUUUGUUUUUUUAUAUAAGAAGUAUGAUAGCUAUAUUUUUUUUCCUAUUACUCUAUUGGUACAAGAGGAUUUUUUUAAUUUCAUGAGCAUAAUUGAGUUGGUUCCAGUAACAUAUUUGAAAACAAAUUCAACAAAGAAUCCCUUCAAAAUAAUACAUUUCUUAAUGCUCCCUCUGAAACACUCAGCAAAUAUUGUGCAUCUUUGACCCACAGCUCUGACCUUCCUGUCCUAGAUGAGGGUUUGUCUUUCUCUGCCACAAGAGCAUGGAAGGCAACCAGACAUGGAUCACAGACAUCACCCUGCUGGGAUUCCAGGUUGGUCCAGCACUGGCGAUUCUCCUCUGUGGACUCUUCUCUGUCUUCUAUACACUCACCCUGCUGGGGAAUGGGGUCAUCUUUGGGAUUAUCUGCCUGGACUCUAAGCUUCACACACCCAUGUACUUCUUCCUCUCACACCUGGCCAUCAUUGACAUGUCCUAUGCUUCCAACAAUGUUCCCAAGAUGUUGGCAAACCUAAUGAACCAGAAAAGAACCAUCUCCUUUGUUCCAUGCAUAAUGCAGACUUUUUUGUAUUUGGCUUUUGCUGUUACAGAGUGUCUGAUUUUGGUGGUGAUGUCCUAUGAUAGGUAUGUGGCCAUCUGCCACCCUCUCCAGUACACUGUCAUCAUGAGCUGGAGAGUGUGCACGAUCCUGGCUGUCAUGUCCUGGUCAUGUGGGUUUGCCCUGUCCUUGGUACAUGCAAUUCUCCUUCUAAGGUUGCCCUUCUGUGGGCCCCGGGAUGUGAACCACCUCUUCUGUGAAAUUCUGUCUAUCCUCAAGCUGGCCUGUGCGGAUACCUGGGUUAACCAAGUGGUCAUAUUUGCUACCUGUGUGUUUGUCUUAGUCGGGCCUCUUUCCUUGAUUCUGGUCUCCUACAUGCACAUCCUCGGGGCCAUCCUGAAGAUCCAGACAAAGGAGGGCCGCAUAAAGGCCUUCUCCACCUGCUCCUCCCACCUGUGUGUGGUUGGACUCUUCUUUGGCAUAGCCAUGGUGGUUUACAUGGUCCCAGACUCUAAUCAACGAGAGGAGCAGGAGAAAAUGCUGUCCCUGUUUCACAGUGUCUUUAAUCCAAUGCUGAACCCCCUGAUCUACAGCCUGAGGAAUGCUCAGUUGAAGGGCGCCCUCCACAGAGCACUCCAGAGGAAGAGGUCCAUGAGAACGGUGUAUGGGCUUUGCCUUUAAAACAUGUGGUUUGCUGAAGCAAGAAUUUUGAAUAUAUUUUGUAGAAGAAGUUUAAUAUAAAAAUGGUGAGUGAUUGAAUUCAAGCUUUGAAAAUAGGGCAAUAUUCAAUGGAAUGUAUGUUCUCUAAAAUCGAGGAAUCAUCUCAGUAGAUAGGAAAGCAAAAUUAUCAGAAUAUUUAGCCUUUCCUUUAAAAGUGUUAGAACAUCUUUUUGCUUUUAUUUUUAUUUAUUUACUUUUUAUGUCACAG